AUGGCACUACCUUACUCUUGCAUCGAGGCUUGUAGGCUCUCUACGAAUGGGGCCGAUGAGUGGGCUCUCAUUGCCGCGAGCGGGACAAGGCUGGUUGUUCAAUCGUCUAGUGGAGCAUAUACCACAUGGCCACCAGCAUCAGGGUCUGCAGUAGGCGACACUGAGGCAGAGGGGCCACCGGGGAAGAAGAUCAAGCUCUCCGACCCAUCGGAAAACACUUCCAACUUCUCCUGUUUGGCCUUGACCCACGAUCAAAAGCACAUUAUUGCUGUAACGGCUGAGGAUAAAUGUAUACGGGUCUUCCGUAUUGAUACAGAGUUUCAAUUGCAGCAAUUAAGUCAAAGAUGCAUGACACGGCGGCCUUGCGCGAUCGCCAUGACCUCGGACGACUCUACUAUCUUAUGUGCUGACAAGUUUGGCGACGUCUAUUCUCUGCCACUUCUUCCAGGCCCCGAGGACGAGCAGAUACGGAGUCCAUCAGUGGAGCAAUCUGAAGCCGCAGGCGAGAAGGCUUUUGUUCCCGCUGCGAGCGUAUUGACUGUCCACUCUGGGCGUAACAGGAGGGUCCUUGAGGAGCAACUCAAGCAGGCGGCCAAAGGGCCCAAGAAACCCAAAGAGGGCCCAACUUUCAAGCACGAUUUGCUGCUGGGUCACGUGUCAAUGCUCACAGACAUUGCAUAUGCAAAUGUCAACGGACGGAGUUAUAUCAUCACUGCGGACCGCGACGAACAUAUACGAGUUUCCCGGGGACCUCCCCAGGCGCAUAUCAUUGAAGGAUUCUGCUACGGACACGAAAGUUUUGUCAGCAGGCUCUGUCUAGUCGGACCUGAUCGACUCGUGUCCGGAGGAGGAGAUCCCGACCUCUUUGUCUGGGAUUGGACGAACUUCGAAUUGCUGGGGAAGUUGCAUCUUCGCGACGCAGUGUUGCGGUUCUUACGGGAACAACCUGACCUGGCAGCAAGAGUACCGGAGGAUGCAAACUCUUUCAGGAUAGCAGUCUCUGGUAUAUGGCAUGUGCCUUCAGAAGCAAACGAAAUCUUGGCGGCCUGCGAAGGGAUUCCAGCGCUGUUCAGCUUCAGGAUCGGGAUAUCUUCCACCGCAGAACAAUGCAUAGUUCUGACGGGAAAUGCACUGGACGUCACGUUCAUCCGGCAGAGCCAGACAGGAUGCACUGCGGUAGUGUCAGUAGAUAACGUGCAUGUCCGCGUUUCCACGACGGAGAGGCGAGAAGCUGAGGCUACGUCCCGUCUUGAGUAUUUCUCGUACCGGCCCGGCGGACAGUGGGAACAAGACGCUGAAACAGGUCGGGCAUUUGAGCGCAUCAGUCAAAGCGGCGGCCAUGCUGACAAAGAGGCUUCGUUGAUGACAUCAACGACAGGGAGUGAGAAGGCACUCGGAGCCAUUCUCUACGGGAUAGAGAAUUUGAGGAAGCGGCCGGACUCGGACGACUAGUCAGGUAGCAGGAGACCACUAUCAAGAUUCAACAGUUUGUAUGAUGUACGGUGCCUGGGCGAGGUUGAGGGUGCUUUGAAGGUUUCUG